AUGCAAAUAAAUCGUUCCAGGAACACCGAAAACUCUUCCGGAUACUCAUCGAUAAAAACGUCCCCCCAAAGUUCCGAUGAAGAUUUAGUCAAUGCGAGGUGGAACAAAAUCAGAUUAGAGCUCAAGCCUAGAAAUCCGCUGUUAAUCAAUGCCGAAACGGAAGAAGCAUCAACAGAAUCCGAUGAUGCUGAUAUACGAGAUGAUGCAAUUAAAGAAACAACUGAAAUUGAUGGCGAAUUGGAAGGUGAUUUUCGACCAGUAUGGACCCCAAAUGAACUCGAUCCACAUAGAGAGUGGUAUGAUAAGCUUCUGACAUUCAGAAUUGAAUAUCAGAAGGGAGAACGGGGAGCUUUUCCUCCAUUUCCUCCUCCACCUCUUCCAUCAGCGUUGAUUGCUGCAAGUGAGGCAACAUCCUAUAAUUCAUUCGACGCUGUGAAACAAGCGGCUACUGUUUUAUCGUCGAAAGCUCCAACUACCUUGUCACUGGAGGUUCGUGCAUACCGAUUCAGUCCCGCUGAUUUUCAACCACUUCCCCCUCCGCACGUCUACAUCGAAAUGAUAAAGACACUUGCUCCUCAUCAGUACAUUGACCUGACUUACGCUCUUGCUGGUUCAGCUCUUCUCGAUAUGGGCGUUAAAGUUCCUGAACGAUAUCCACCGUUGCCACCAAAAAUCGAACCAUUCCGGGAUUUAGAAGCUGAAGAACGUGCUCAUAUGACAGAAAUGUCAUCACAAUCGUCAUCUGAAGGUGAAUAUUCAGAUGCAUCUGAGCACUCGAGGUUUAUCGAAAAAUUGAAAAAACGGAAAAACCGAGAAAGGAGAGCUGCUCGCGAAGUUAGGAUUGCAGCAAAAAAGCUCACAAUCAAUGAAUCCGCUGGUAUCUACUUUAAUACUGUGGAACCAAAGAGGGAAACAUUUUCAAGAGAAAGCAUAUAUAAAGAAAAAACUUUAUCUAUGUUCAUCCCUCGAAGAAUAAACCGAGGACCCCCGGCUCCGCCGUUUUUCUGCCCGCCUAAUGUUCAUAAUAAGAGAGGCGCUAUCCCUCCACUGCCAUUUACGCCGUUUCUGCCAAUGAUGAUUCCUGUCCCGGUUCCAAUUUCAACAGAUCCCACAGAUUUCAAAAUGGACUAUCCAUAUUUAUUCCCAAUGGUGCCGAUAUCUCUUCUCUCUCCACCCGAAACUCCAUCAUCUUCAACUGUUUCUCUUUGUAACAACACUGAAGAGGUGUUGCCUGAUUCGCAGGAAAAACUUACAAGGAAUCAGUUGGAACUGGAAGAUGAAUAG